CCUAGCUGUGAGGAGCUUCUUUGCCCGGCUCCCCUUGUGUGCGUAAAACUUUCUAAUGAAAUCCCACAUUUAUUUUUGACCAAUUUAGAAUUCGUUCUACUUAGGGUCAAGAGGGAUUCAAGACACUCAAAGAACUUUCCCUGCUAAAGAAAACUCAGAAUCAUGGAGCCCAUUUCUACGGCGGGAGGGGCUGAGGAAGAGCACCAUGGAAACUACUCACCAAAUCCAUCUGCAGAGGCGCCGCCUGGAAAGAACGCAGUGUCAGAGGCCUUGGAAGAGGUGCAGGAGGAGUUGAUAGAACAUCAACCUCUGGAGCAGGAAGACCUGAACUUUGAGAAAUGGAAGCCCAAGCCCAAACCUAAGAGAACGCUCCACGAGAAAGCAGGCGAUGUGAAGACAUAUCUGUGGAACGCAGAGACCAGAGAGUUCAUGGGCCGCACUGGGCAUAGCUGGUUUCUGAUCAUCCUCUUCUACACGGCACUGUAUGCAUUCCUGGCAGCCAUGUUUGGUGCCUGUAUGUGGUGCCUCAUGCUGUCUAUCAGCCCCUACCAUCCAACCCACAACGACAGGGUGAUGCCACCAGGUAUGACGAUGUCCCCACAACUGGAUGGGCACUAUGAGAUCGCCUUCAAUGCAUCUGACCGCAAGUCUUGGAAGAAGUAUGCAAAGCUAAUGGAAGAACAACUCAGACCAUACAAUGACGCCGUACAGGAGCAGAGGAACAUCCAGUGUCCGCAGGACGCGUACUUCAUGCAGGAUGAACAAGGGGAAAGCGCAGAGAAGAAGGCGUGCCAGUUCAAGAGGUCCUGGCUGGGCGAGUGCUCGGGGCUCCAGGACCCCCACUUUGGAUUCUCCCAGGGGAAACCCUGCAUCCUCCUCCGAAUGAACCGGAUACUGGGCUAUUUACCUGGCCAUGGCACUCCCGUAAACGUGACCUGUGGAGUCAAGAAAGGUGCACCAGAAAGCUUAGGAGAACUUCAGUUCUUCCCAAAAAGCAUUUUCAACCUGAUGUACUACCCUUACUAUGGGAAGCUGAGACAUGUAAACUACACAGCACCGGUGGUGGCCGUGCGCUUCAAUGGGCUGCAGUAUGACACCCACAUUGUUGUAAAAUGCAAACUCAAUGGCAAGGGCAUCAUCAAUGAUUCGCCUACCGAUCGCUUCCUAGGCAGUGUGUCCUUCUCCUUCGAUGUGGGCGCAUAGUAGUAUUCCCCAUGCUGAAUGCUGUCCCCAUGACAACCAGGAGACAAGAGAAUAUAGGAAAAAAUAUCAUUAUGUUGAAUCCUUGUUUUGCAUAAAAUAGUUGAUCAGCUUC